AUGAACGACGAACAAUAUACGAUUCAUCAUAUUGAACAUAUUAGUUCACGUUCUUUCGAAGAAGUUAUUACUGACUUUGGGACACUUGUUGGAAAUGUUGAAAAUGGUACCUUUAGACGAUUGUCAGCAGCAGCAAAUAAUGAAGGAGAUUUCAGUAAACGUGUACGUGAACAUGAAGGAAAGAGUGGUUUUAUGCAGUUUCUAUUAGUUGAUCAUGGUUCAUGGUUACCUCAUGUGGGAAUUAAUGGAAAGAAAGCACGUAUGUAUACAAUUGGCAAUCCAUUAAUAGCUGAGACAAUGCUCAAAUAUGAUAUACGCGUUGGAUUAAAUGUACCUGUUCGCUUGUUCAUUUACGAGAACAGCAGUGAUAAUACUGCUCGACUUGCUUAUGAUCUACCAUCAUCGUUAAUGAGCCGAUUGAAGAAUGAAGAAGUUACAAUAGCUGUGCAGAAAUUGGAUGCAAAACUUGGAGAUUUAUGUGAAAAUGUAGCAAAUGCAUUUAAACGACAAAACUAA